AUGGCUUCGAUAGAGAAGCAGCCGAGCAACGUUGUUACUGGCACAGGUACAUACAGAGAUGGGCUCACAGCACCAGCCAAGGACAGUCGAUAUAAAACAGAAGAUGUCACAGACACAAAGGGUCGUGACUUUGAAGAUUUCUUCCUCAAACGAGAGUUGUUGAUGGGUAUCUUUGAAAAGGGGUUCGAAAAACCCAGCCCAAUCCAAGAAGAAGCAGUGCCUAUUAUCUUACAAAACCGCAAUGUACUGGCCAGGGCCAAGAAUGGAACAGGAAAGACAGCAGCUUAUAUCAUCCCUUGUUUGGAAAAGACAGAUACCACACUCAAGACUAUCCAGGUGCUCAUCCUAAUCCCAACAAGAGAACUCGCCUUGCAAACAUCUGCUAUCGUCAAAGAGAUUGGAAAGCACAUGGGUGUUCAGUGCAUGGUUACAACUGGUGGCACCUCCCUUAAAGAUGAUAUCAUGCGUUUAUACAACCCUGUGCACAUCAUUGUGGCAACGCCUGGACGCAUCUUAGAUUUGGCGUCCAAGAAAGUGGCUGAUUUGAGCCAAUGCAAAACCAUCAUUAUGGAUGAAGCAGACAAGCUUCUCUCACCCGAAUUCCAACCAGUGUUGGAACAAAUCAUUGGCCUGUGUAACGAAGAGCACCAGAUUUGCUUGUUCAGUGCCACGUUCCCAGUCACGGUCAAAACAUUCUGCCAAAAAUUUGUCCACAACCCCUACAGUAUCAAUCUGAUGGAUGAAUUGACUCUCAGAGGUAUCACCCAGUUCUAUGCCUAUGUUGAAGAGAGGCAGAAGGUGCAUUGUCUUAACACAUUGUUCUCAAAGCUGGAGAUCAACCAAAGCAUUAUCUUUUGUAACUCGGUCAACCGAGUAGAAUUGCUGGCAAAGAAGAUUACCGAGUUGGGCUACUCGUGCUACUACAUUCAUGCCAAAAUGCAGCAAGCAAAUCGAAACCGCGUAUUCCAUGAAUUUCGGAAUGGGGCAACAAGGCACCUUGUCACAUCUGACCUGUUUACUCGUGGAAUUGAUAUCCAAUCAGUGAAUGUGGUCAUCAACUUUGAUUUCCCCAAAAAUAGCGAGACUUAUUUGCACCGCAUUGGUCGAUCGGGGCGCUUUGGGCAUUUGGGUCUUGCGGUGAACUUGAUAACCCACGAAGACAGACAUUCCCUAAGACGAGUAGAGCAAGAGCUGGGAACUGAGAUCAGGGCCAUCCCUCCUCUGAUCGACCGGAGUCUAUAUGUUGGCUAG